AUGGAUGUGCGCACUCAGCGAUCACAGGGCUUUGGUUUUGUGAAAUUCGCCAACCCAGAGGAUGCAUUGCGGGCCCGGAUCGAACUCAAGGAUGCACUUAUCUGUGGACGGCCCUUUGUCAUGGAGCAAGCGCGGCGCUCGCGUGGCUGGUCGCCGAGCCCGGGUACCUACAAAGGACGGCGUGAAAACGAUUUUACCCGACAACCGCGGAGAUUCCCAGAUGACCUUCGUGACCGUGAUCGGCCCCGUUUUGAUGACCGCGACCGGGCCCGCUUUGAUGACCGCGACCGGCCCCGCUUCGAUGACCGCGAUCGGCCCCGCUUCGAUGACCGCGAUCGACCCCGCUUCGAUGACCGCGAUCGGCCCCGUUUUGAUGACCGUGAUCGGCCCCGCUUCGAUGACCGCGAUCGACCCCGCUUCGAUGACCGCGAUCGGCCCCGUUUUGAUGACCGUGAUAGACCCUGGUACCCAGAACACAGACAGCCUACCACGACCGAUCCAUAUGCAGGACAGCCUCCGCCUCGCUUGAUGGAGCGACCUUCGCCAGCCCGCCGAGACUUCCCAACCCCAGCCUACGACGCAGACCGCCGUGCUGAUGGCCCCUCCAGGGCGUACGACCAGCGCAUAGCCCCACCCCCGCCAGAGGCACGCCAGGCGUUUGACCGCUACGGAUCAUCCACCUAUGCCAGCGAUAGUAGCCGCAGCCGUGAGCCGUUGUCAUCCAGCACUGCCUACGUGCCGCCUCAAGCAGACUAUGCCAGUGGCCAAGUCCGUCCGUCUCACUCCAACUAUACCCGUGAUGCCCCACCUCCACGAGAGAUGCACACCUCAACUUACAGCCACGACCAGCCGCACUAUAUGCACGAUGCCUACCGUCGCGAACCGAUGGCUCCGCCCUCGCGCACUGGGGAGCUGCGCGACCCUUUACCCCGAGAACGUGAUGCGCAAUAUCGGAGGGCGCCAUCGCCUCGUCAAGAAGCUUACGAGCGCCCUGUUCCUCGCGGCUACGAGCGUGAGCACACUCGAGCAGCCCCAGCUACCGGCCUCGACUAUGUGGGUGUCGCCCCACCCCCGACGCGUGAUUAUGUGCGGGCCGCCCCACCCCCACAGCGAGACCAUGCUCGCUACUGA